AUGGACGGUCGAGAGCUUUUUGUACCCCCAUGGUACGUGAGCGAAAGUCCUGCCGAAACCGACAUGAAUGUCUGCAGCAUCAUAUGGGGCUUCUCUUUAUGCUCCGCUCUCUUCACUGCUACGAAAGCGGUGCGGCAGUCAUGGUCGGCUUACAAGAAGGACAGGUUACUGUCCACAUAUCUGGUAUUGGUCUGGGCGGAAUGGUCUGCCAGUGUGGUCAUCUCGAUUAUAAGCUGGUUAUUUCUAAGAGAGACGAUACCACCUAGUACUAACCUACUACUGGCUUCUGGAUAUUCUUUGUCAUUCGUCAGUAUCGCUUACAUGUGUCUCUGGGUUGUGCAAAUGCACUGCAUUCUUCAGAUCAUCAUCAACCGAGUUUCACUGGUCAUGGUCAACAGAGUCCAUGCUAGGUACCUGAAGCUCGGGGUCUUUUUCAUAGUUCUGACGAUCAACAUCAGCGUCUUCUGUAUCUGGAUACCCGCACGUCUUCAGAUCAACGAGACUUAUGUUCGAGUAAAUGACAUAUGGGAUCGGAUAGAGAAGGCUAUAUUUGCUGUGGUCGACGCUGGAUUAAAUUGCUGCUUCAUGUGGACUGUGCGGACUAACCUCAUUGCCGCUGGGCUUGUUAAGUACCAGCCUUUAUUUCGUUUCAACCUCAUGAUGGUUUGUAUAUCAGUGGCCUUAGAUGUUGUCCUUAUUGGGUCAAUGUCAAUAGGGACGGGCGUUAUCUACAUCCAGUUUCAUCCUCUCGUCUACUUGACCAAACUCUACAUCGAACUCAACAUGGCGGAGCUGCUCGCCAAGGUUGUACGAGCCACGAACCCAAUUACCACCGCAACCGAUACAGGCGACACAUUGUGUGUGCGAGAUAUCAGCAUCAACAAAUGCACACAGAUGGGACUCCCAAUCAGAUCGCAUCGUGAUUAUAGUAUCAACUUAACAAAUAUGGGUAGAGGCAUGGACUUGGGCGAGCAAGGGGUGCGAUACCCAGGGAUAGAUUAUCAUAUGGCGCUUCGGGCCAGCGUCUCGCAUUCAGAAUGGGGCGAUACGACGCUUGGUGAUAUUUGA